AUGGGUUACAUACAAAGAUUCAUACACAGUGUAACACGCACGCAACUAGAGACCGCAAAGUUUGGGUUCUACUUACUUUCCCCAAUCUUAGUUAUGUACUAUGUUGGUUUAGAUACAGACAAAAAGUUUAAUUUGCCGGGGUUUUGGCCUGACCCUGCAACUUUGAACCAAAUACCAAAGGAACCACAUGAAAUUCAGGCGGAAGUUGCAAGAAUAAGGAAAGCAAGGGCGGAGAAAAGGGCUAGAUUGGAGGCCAAAGCAAGGGAGUUGGGUAUAACGGAGGAUGAUGUUGAGGAGGAAAAGUAG